GAGCGAUGUAGAGAGAAGGAGAGGCUGAGGAGGAGGAGGAGGCAGACCGAGGAGAGGCAUGAAGAAUAUACCCGGGAUCUAAGCUGCCAGACGGGGAGAGCAUCUCGUCUUGCCUCGCUGGUUCUGGGGCCGACUGGAAGCGGAGGGAGGCCGGAGGACCGAGGACAGGAUGGAGGAGGACAGGAAGCAGUUCCUUUGUGGGGUGGUGGAAGGUUUCUAUGGGAGGCCUUGGUCUAUGGAUCAGAGGAAAGUUCUCUUCCAAUGGAUGCAGAGCUGGGGGUUGAACACCUACCUGUACGGGCCCAAGGACGACCUGAAACAUCGACUGUUGUGGAGAGAAGUCUAUUCUCCUGAAGAGGAAAGUCAGUUGCGUACUCUCAUAGUCGAGGCCCAGUCGAGAGGCUUGAGGUUUGUUUACGCCCUCUCCCCCGGUCAGGACAUCGUCUUCUCGUCUUCCUGUGACUUGACGCUUCUCAAACGCAAGCUGAGACAGGUAUCAGACCUGGGUUGCCAGGCGUUUGCCAUUCUCUUUGACGACAUCGAUCACUCCAUGUGUCAGGCCGACAGCGAGGCCUUCACUUCAUUCGCCCAUGCUCAGGUCACCGUAACCAAUGAGAUUUACCGGUUCUUGGGGGAACCACCUGUCUUCCUAUUCUGCCCUACAGAGUACUGUGGUUCUCUGUGCUCCCCCAGUGUAUCCAAGUCUCCCUACCUGCAGACCGUUGGAGAGGAUCUGCUGCCCAACAUCACAGUCAUAUGGACAGGGUCUAAGGUCAUCUCCAGGAAGCUGUCUGUGGACUGUCUGGCUGAGGUGGAGUCUGUCCUCCAGCGUCCUCCGCUCAUCUGGGACAACCUGCACGCCAACGACUACGACUCCAGACGCCUCUUCUUGGGGCCCUUUAAGGGUCGGGAGCCUCAGCUGAGGAGCCACCUGAGGGGCCUCCUGCUCAACCCCAACUGCGAGUUUGAGGCCAACUACAUCCCGCUGCACACGCUGGGAAGCUGGCACCGAGCUGGGAAAGAGGAGCUGAAAGAUGAGGAGUGUGAGUACUGUCCUGAUAGAGCUCUGUCUGCUGCACUACAUGACUGGAUGGAGGAGCUCAACCAACCUCUGCAAGCAGGCCGGCAGAGCUCGAGGACAGACCAGCGCUCUUCUGUCCCUACAUCUCGCUGCAAAACCCCCGACAGACCUGACUGCUCCUCCACCUUCAGAGGAAGCGCCGCCGUGGCAAAACUCCCGGUCUUCCCUCUCAACUCCAGCUCCCCUCCCUCCUCACCCACCAAGGGGGAGAGGGAACCCCGAGAGGGGGAGAAAAGGAGGCCGAACCAGCCGAGCCAAGCCAACCACCAGCCUCCAGGAUCCAGGCCCGGAGUUCCGGCAGGCGGAGGUCGGGGACAGCGGGCCCAGGGACGGGGGCUGUGUGGUGGGAAGGGUCUGCUGAGUGAGUCCCAGGUACGACUGCUGGUUGGUCUUUACUAUCUGCCCCACGAGCACGGCCCGUCAGCCCAGAAACUGCUGCAGGAUCUGACCUGGCUGAAGUCGAACUGCCACGUGGUCGGCAUUAACAGCAAGAAGGCCCCGCCUCAGAAGGUUGAUGAGUGGCGUGGGCGAGCCUCCAGGUUCCUGUCUCUGUGCGAAGACAUCGCUCAGCUCCACUGCAGCGUCGUGGGUGGAGCCAACAGGGCUGUACUCUAUGACCUUUACCCUUAUGUGUGGGACCUGAGGAACACAGCUCUGGUGGCAAAGGCCUUCAUAUGCUGGCUUGAUGGACGAGUGUUGAGUGACAGCUCCACCCUCGGCUCCUGGAGGAACUGCUUCCACUGGUGUGGGAAGACCACAGGAGCAGACGUCCUGGGAGUGGAGUCAGAGCCAUGGGUGUUCAAAGGAGGCGUGUCUGGGGAGGUGCAGAUGCUUCUCCCGAUAGGCAGCAGCAGUGAACUUUUCACCCAUCCUCCUCCUCUCUUCCCUACCUCUCGUCUCUACAACAUCAGGCCCUAUCACAGCAAAGACAAGGUGGAGCUAUACCGGAUGGUCCGCCAACUUCACCUGAGGACUCAGGGUGUCCAAGAGUCCAGUGCUGCUCAUCCAGAUAUCAUAGGAGACAGAUGUCUUGGACCGUGCCUGGCGUUGUGCCCCGAGUACAGCUUCAUUCUGGAGGAUGAGCUGGGUGUUUGCGGCUGCGUGUUGGGCAUCUUGGAUGUUCGCUCCUUUGCCAAGCGGUGCCAGGCCAGCUGGAUACCCGCCAUGAGGGACAAAUACCCACCCAAAGGGAAUGUCACCCACCCCAACACACAGGACUUGAUCCAGUUGAUGGAGGAGGACCAGGGCGAGUAUCCAGACUCACUCCUCUAUCACUUCCCCUCUCAGCUGCGACUGGACGCCCUUCCUGAGCUGGUGGACAUCAGCGUCAGCCGCACUCUGCUCACCGCUCUCCUCACUGCACUCAAAGCAAACGGUUCUCAGGGUGUGUUCUGUGAGGUGCAGCCUACAGACCGUCAGAGGCUGGAGUUCUUGACCAAACUGGGCUUCCUGGAGAUCCUCAGAGGAGAAGCCAGGAGCAGAGAGGGGGUGGUGCUGGGGAGGCUGCUCUGAACACAAAACACACACUCACACGGUCACACACAUGCACCCCACCACACCACACCACAAACAGCAAAAACACUCACACACGAAGGCACUUAGACAUGCAGAAAGAUGUUAGAAACACCGUACGUGCAGCACAGCAUAGAGACAACUAAGCUCUGCAAAGACGCCUCCGUCAAGAGAGGAAACCUUUUUUUUUUUGAGGGACAGUUCUGGAUUCCUUUGAGUCUGUGUGGCAGUAAUGGGGAUGAACCCAGAGAUUUCUGAGGGAUUAACAAAACAUAAAAUAAGCUUUCAGUUUAAACCUUUUGCAAAGCUUCUCGGAUUCCACCCCGUCUGAGGAUUACAUGAUUCCGUCAAGUUUCAAGGAAGGCAGCAGGAGGAUAGACUGAGAUGGGAGCAGAGCGCGAGAUCACAGCAGCUACAACAUACUGCUCUUUCUCUGUGUAAAAUUUAAAAAAACAUGAAUUGUUAAUGAUACCAGUGGCUGUUAAAUGAACUGGCACGGCACUAAAAUGUAGGGUGGAGGUAGAUCUGACUAUACAAGGCCAUGAUUUGACUAGUCUUGCAGAGCCAAACGUACCACCCCUGCACUGUGUAUAAUGGUCUGGCUGCACCUCGUCGUCAUUCCGCUCGAGGAGAAAAAUGCUCCUGCUUGUUUGUAUUCCUUUACAACUAAUCUCAAUAAUCUUUGGUGGUGCUAAGCCCAGGAUGCAGGGAUGGUUCCCCGGCAAAAUAUUGUCGGUGGGAUUGUUCUGGUGGAACAUUUGCACACAGAUCAUUAACUUAGCUAAUUUGCCAGCUAGUUCAAGCAGGCCUGCCUUUUUUGCACUAUCCAAAACCUUGGCAAGACUUGUUUUUUUCUGCGGAGAUUAUGAAAAUGUAACUCAGAUGUGGAGGUAAGGGAGGAUAAAGUCGCAUGAUGAUCUGUACCUGAAGUCUACAUCCAAUGAGUCGGAUUAUAAUUUGUUAUGUUUUCCCAUGAUGAACUGAAUGCCCUGCUGCUGAAGCUAGUUUUCCCCCGAUGUGGAUUGCAUUCCUGUUUGGCCAGACAGUCUUCACUAGAUAAAACGUUUGUUUGUUUUCAUGCUGAGGUUGAGUUUGUGUAGGAGUCUGGGUUGUGCCCAUUUCGAAUCUAAUGUUUGUGAGGGGUUAAACAUCACUUCCUUUGCAUUUUCAAAAAAGUCUUUCACAGAUACUCAGUCUACAGUCACUUAUAGGCAUUUUUGAAGUCAUGUUACAAUUGUUCACACAUUGGCAAUAGAAAACUGAUUAAUACAUGCAAGUUGCUGUACAAUCUUACACGCAAGACCUUUAAUGCAAGAAUAAUCAAUCUUUGUCAUUAUUAACAGUGGACCACAAUAAAGUAUCAUGCAGCUCCUCAGCUAUUUAGCAUCUUUCAUACUUUAACUUUAGAGUUGUUGUUGGAAGGUGACCUGAUCUAUGAUGCUACCUGAGGAGAGGCAUAUUUUCAACCUAAAAAUCUACUUCUGGCGGGUUAUGUUCCAGAUUAUCAAUGUUUCAGUUACUUCCCUGUCAUUACCAGUACAAGGAUUAAACAAGUUACUACCAGAGCUAGACUAGCUGUUUCCCUGUUUCCAGUCUUUGUGCUAAGCUGGCCGUAGAGUAUUAUUGAUCUUCCAAACAUGACACUGAUCAAGCUUCUGUGUCCAAUCUUGUGCUCUGCUCCCUCUGCUUUCUUCAUAAAGUGAUCUUUUGUUUUCUUAAAAGUUAGGAUGUUGUUUUCUGGCGCCUGUCCUGUUGGUUCAACAGCCUGCUAACACCAGGCCAGACCCAGGCGUGGCAUCACUUUUUACACUCGCCUAGUAGAGAUGAAUGUUUACAUGCAUGAAGAACAAAACACUGAGUAGGGAUACAUGUCUACUGACACCGACACACAGAUAUAAUUUCAACGGCAUGCUCUAACAUUGCAACUAAAAGCGACGAUUUUUUUUUAUUGGAUUUCUCUCUGCCAUUAUAGCUGUAAAAUCUUAGGGAUGUAAAAUGCAAAUGCAUGCUAAAAUUCAUCAGAAAAACAAAGAAAAACACAAAAAACAACUACACACACACACACUUAAGUUUACACUUGGUUCAAUUGGAUAAAACAGAUACCUCUCCCUCAUGUCGCAUCAUUUACACAGUUGUCAGAUACUGUAAACAUUGCAAGUAGUGUGUACACGCCGGCAACACGUGGUGUAUGUGUGUGUGCUUUGUAUGUGGUGUAUGCAUGUGUGAGGGCGUGCCAAAUAUACAAACUAAGACCGCUGUGUCAUUCUGCCUUUAUUCUGAACCAUAAUGAACACAAGCAUACACACACACACACACACACACAAUCAUGCUAAAAAAAUAAAUAAAAAGAAGCACAACAGCACUCAAUCAAACCUUCAACUGAAAGUAUGUAGAACUAUGAAUGUUCAUCUUUUUGUAACGCAGCUUAGGAAGACACAACUACUGCAAGUAUUUAUAUUUCUACUUUUGAUUUCAGUUCUAUUUUUUACGUUAAUGCUCGACCAAUCACAGACUGAAAGGCACUUUUUGUAUGUUUCCUCUCAUUACCGACGUCAUCGCCAUCGUCUGUGAGGUGCGUCACGAUAAAAGAAUUCAGUCCCAGAGCUGGAAAUUGUGUAGAUGACAAUAAAGCACUAUACUAGAAAUGCAUGAUGUAAAGAAAACUCUAGAAAAGAUGUAACUGUUCGUCACAGAGAGCCGUCACUUCCCGUUACGGACCUGUGGUUUUGUUUUUUGGUAUUUUUGACACCGCUAUGAUCUAAUUUAAGAACUUGUGUGUGAAUGUAGGCAUGUGUGUGUUUGGGGGACAUACAUGAAAACUCCACACAGGCAACGUGAAGCACUGUGAAAAAAAGAAAGUCUAACGACCCAUGGCUUUUUCCAUUUAAGAGAAUUGUGAAGAUGAGCAAUCAUGACAACAAUAAGAAUGAUAAUCGUAAUAAUGACAACAACAGUUGCCUUUAAACUUCAGGCUUCAGCAGCUGACUGUCCAUUUCAUAAACACAUCACCUGUCUCACUGUCUGCCUGCAUUGAGUUACAUGUACAGUCUGUUUACAAUGAGUUCCAGUGGAGUGCUAUGUAGUGUCUAUGCAGGGUGGUGGAGGAGUUAAAAAACAAAGAGAAAAAAAAGGAAUUACUGUAGAAGUCAGUCUGUGUUUUUAUUGACAAUAACAGUAAAAGUGUAAUUUAAAAAAAAAAAAAAAAAAAACAUCAUUUUAAAAACAAUGAUUUUAUUGAACUGACUUGUUGAUUUUCAUGCUUAUUAAAAGAAGUUUUCUUUCCCUUUAA